AUGCAGCGAAUGCAAGCAGUUGGAGGAGAUACUUUUCUGUUUUGGGAGUUUGGUAAGUGCCAGGUUCAUUCAUGCGGUUCCAGUGAAGCCUUGAAGACAGGAGACAGCGCAGGUCUUGGCCCAUUGGGCACCUUUGAUUUGUGGUCACUGUACUGCGACAUGUCGCGACCACAAUUGAUUGCAGUUCACCUCUUCGAAUGGCGGUGGAAAGACAUUGGAAGCGAAUGUGAGAAUUACCUCGGGAAAGCUGGAUUCAACGCAGUGCAGGUUUCUCCUCCAACAGAGCACAUUCUUGGAGAUACUUGGGCGACCAGAUAUCAGCCGGUGUCCUACAGGCUGGACUCCCGCAGCGGGAGCACUUUCGAGUUUAUGGACAUGGUCAAAAGGUGUCGUGCAAACGGUGUCAAUGUCAUGGUAGAUGCUGUGCUUAAUCACAUGGCUGGACCCUUUGUGAUGACGCCCGAGAAAGAUCGAGGAAAGGUGUGCGGAAAGGAAGCUGACACUGAGAAAGAAUCAACCGCAAAAUGCAUGGGCUGGGCUGGAACUGAGUAUGGCAACAGGAUGUUCUUGAACGGUCGAAGUGGCAGGGACAGAUUUGACAGAUCAAUGUUUCAUCAUUAUCCGGACAACGAUCGUGCCAAUUGUGGCUUGCCGCCCUGGUCUAACAACAAGCGCCUGUGCGACAUGUAUGGUAUGCCAGAUCUCAACACCGAGUUGAAAGCAGUUCAGCUUCAGUUGGGGACCUAUCUUUUCGACUUGCUGGAGAUUGGAGUCACUAUGCUUCGUGUGGACGCGGCAAUGAACAUUUACCCAGAGUCGCUUGCCCGAGUAAUUCUGCCAUUUCCUUGGGAAUACGUGGUGCAGGAGUACUAUCCGGAUAUGAUUUAUGAUGCGGAAACAAGAGCAAAGGCUGUAUCCAUUGGUUCAGCCACUGACUUCACAUUUGGGGAACGUGUGGCAGAGACCCUGUUUGACAAGUUCACAGGAAGGUGGUCAAACAGGUCUGAGCACUUUGGCGAACUUUUGCAGCUUCAAUCGGACAGUUUCAGCGGAUGUUCCUAUCGCAUUUGCGAUUCGCCUUACCCGACUGAAAGGGCAUUGAUUUUCUUGGAUAAUCACGAUCAACAGCGUGAACGUUGGAAGCCUGAGGUUCCUGGGCAACCACCAGAAACGCCUGUUUGUUUCUGGGACGGUCGGGACAUUGGAAGUUGCCGGCCAGUUUACAAACAUGGGCAAAUUUAUGCACUUGCACAACUGUACAUGCUAGCUUGGCCCUAUGGGGAGCCACGAGCGUCAGUGCGGCUCAUGUCCUCCUACGGCUUUCAUUCCUUCGACGAGGGUCCGCCAGGGGUGAGUAAGGACUCCCUGCAUGAGCAGGCCACGACCCCCAUCGUUUGCAGGGACACGCCAACAGAAUCCCCGGUGACGAAUGUUUACGACCAGGACAAGGUCAAGCCUUGGGUUUGCGAGCAUAGAUGGAAAGGCGUGUCUGGAGCGAUUCGCUUCCGACAGUUUUCCAGUUCGGAGCAAGCCCACUCCUUCUGGGACGAUCGGGCUGGGCACAUUGCCUUCAGCCUCGGCAACGUCGGGUUUGCCGCUUUCAGCCGUGGGUACAACUCGUACACUGGCCAAGGAAGCAAUGAAAGCAUUUCACUUGCAGGCACUUGGCUGGCGUUGGGCUGUGGCAGGUUAUUGCAAUCUUGCUGA